AAAUGAGACUCCGGCUGAGCUCGAUAUCUGGAAAGGCGAAGCUUCCCGAUAAAGAAAUAUGCUCAUCAGUUUCGAGAAUAUUGGCACCAUUGCUUGUUCCAUGGAAGCGACGACUCGAGACUCUUGCCGUGAUGGGUUUCAUUUUCAUGUGGGUAAUCCUACCAAUCAUGGACCUCUGGGUUCCAUUCCACGUCUUGUUCAAUACUCGAUGGUGGUUCCUUGUUCCACUCUACGCUGUCUGGUUCUACUAUGAUUUUGAUACACCGAAAAAAGCUUCAAGAAGAUGGAAUUGGGCCAGAAGACACGUAGCCUGGAAGUACUUUGCCAGCUACUUCCCAUUGAGAUUGAUCAAGACUGCUGACCUUCCGGCGGAUCGUAAUUACAUCAUUGGCUCUCAUCCUCAUGGAAUGUUCUCGGUUGGUGGUUUUACUGCAAUGAGCACCAACGCGACCGGAUUUGAAGACAAGUUCCCGGGAAUAAAAUCUCACAUCAUGACGCUAAAUGGGCAAUUUUAUUUCCCAUUUCGUCGAGAAUUCGGAAUAAUGCUCGGUGGAAUCGAAGUUUCGAAAGAAUCACUUGAAUACACUCUAACUAAAUGUGGAAAAGGACGAGCAUGCGCAAUUGUCAUUGGCGGAGCCUCGGAGGCUCUUGAAGCUCAUCCCAAUAAAAAUACAUUGACGUUGAUCAAUCGACGUGGUUUCUGCAAAUAUGCUCUGAAGUUUGGAGCAGACCUCGUACCAAUGUACAAUUUCGGAGAGAAUGAUUUAUACGAGCAGUAUGAAAACCCGAAGGGAUCUAGAUUGCGAGAAGUUCAGGAGAAAAUCAAGGACAUGUUCGGAUUGUGUCCCCCAUUGCUCCGCGGUCGAUCGUUGUUCAACCAAUACCUUAUCGGAUUGCUGCCGUUCCGAAAACCAGUUACAACAGUCAUGGGAAGGCCAAUUCGAGUCACCCAAACCGACGAGCCAACCGUUGAGCAGAUUGAUGAGCUGCAUGCAAAAUAUUGUGAUGCUCUCUACAAUCUGUUCGAGGAGUACAAGCAUCUUCACUCCAUUCCUCCCGACACUCAUCUCAUCUUCCAGUGACUUUUUCACAAAUUUUGUAUAUUUUGCACACAGAUUGUUUUAUCGCCAAGUUAAUGUAUAGUAAUCUUCUUGUAAAUAAAUCAGAUAAACAUU